AAACACAGAUAAACACACACACACAUAUUCUCUCUCCCUCUCUCUCACACACAUAGAAAGUCUGUAAUUGGAAGUUAAGUGAAGAUUGAUUAAGGUGUUUAAAAAUGAAUGCGUGAAAGGGAAGUCACUAUAUAUACAGAAUCUCUGUUACUCCUUGUUUUUCUUCAGAGAUUAAUUACACUUCGAUUUCUUCCACCUUCAAAAAUGGGAAACAAAGAUCACAUUUCUUCUAGUUCCGCUCAUGAACACCAAGCGCAGAUCGAGAAAAACAGAAUUGAAGCUGUUCUUCAACUCCUCCGGAAACCUGCUCCUCUCACUCUCAAACAGGAGAAAUUUUGUAAUGAAGCUUGCAUUGGGAGAUUUUUGAAAGCUAAAGGUGACAAUGUGAAGAAAGCUGCGAAGCAGCUUCGAGCUUGUCUCUCAUGGAGAGAAACUCUCAGCAUCGAUCAUCUAAUAGCCGAUGAGUUUUCCGGCGAGAUAGCCGAUGGCAUGGCUUAUGUAGCCGGUCAUGAUGACCAAUCACGACCUGUCGUGAUUUUCCGAAUCAAACAAGAUUACCUCAAGUUUCGCUCUCAAAAACUGUUCACCCGUUUGUUGGUUUUCACUUUGGAGGUUGCAAUUCAAACAAUGGCAAAAUCCGUCGAGCAGUUGGUUGUCUUAUUCGAUGCAAGCUUUUUCAGGUCAGCAUCAGGGUUUAUGAACAUAUUGGUGGCAGCACUGAAGACCAUAGCGGAGCACUACCCUGGUCGUCUUCACAAAGCUUUUGUCAUUGACCCUCCUUCCAUUUUUCCAUAUCUUUGGAAGGGUGUAAAGGCGUUUCUCGAACUUUCAUCGAUCACAACAAUAGUAUCCUCGAUUGACUUUGAUGAGUUCCCCGACUUCAAUCACUUCACGACAUACCCAAGAGCCGCAUCACUCCGAUUCAAUCCUUCCUCAGUGCCAUCCAAGGCCAAAGUCGGCUCAUGCGCGUCCUCGCGCUUUUCCUUCACUGUCUCCCACCAUUUCGACUCACUGAAACCCUGGUACCUCACUCUGACGGAUAAACCGUCGUUCAGAGUGGGUCCUACGUCUACAGGACCCGCUCUGAUAUCACCUAUCAAUGCUCGGUCCUACUCGUUCGCAUCACCAACCACAAGGAACAUGAACACGAUGAGGAAAAGCUUCUUCCCAUCGACGCCGUUGCCACAAAAAACACAAGUGAUGGACCACUCGGCCAUCAACCACCCACGAACGCCUAAACCGUCGUUCCUACACUCACCUGCGCUUUUCUUUAAAAAGGAGUGUCACGUCAGCAAAACUGAUAAAUCGCGUGAAUCUUUCAUUCCGUUUUUGAGAUUCUACAGACGACCAUACGAUGAGAUGGUCUACAGAUCGAAGAUGAAGCCGCCUCUUGGAGGACUCAUCUCAAUUGUCUCGCCACAACUCAUGAGGCGCCGCCACAUGUCCGUCUCUCAACGGUUUUGAUAGUAGGUAUCAGAAGAAACAGAUACAGAAAAAGUAUCUGUGUGUUUGCCCUAACAGUAAAAAGACGAAAAUCGUUAAAAUGUGAUUUUUCUUUCUCAUAGAUGAUUAUGGGAGACGGAUUGGUGGUGUUUACUAAACGAGUACAUAGAUAUGAGAUUGACAUUGACAAUAUCAAGUGUAAUAAUUAAUAUUAAUAUUUUUGAAUUCCUAUGUGGCAAGGCAAGUUAAUGUUGGUAUGUGUAUGUCUGUAAGCAUUGAUUGUGUUAGAAAUGUUACGAGAAAAAAAGGUGUAAAAAGAAAGAGACGACGUGCAAAAUGGGAUGUGAAAUGGCGUGCAAAGGCUAAAAAUAUAUAUAAAUUAUGUGAUGUGGGAUGGGAUGGAUGGCAAAAUGCAUGGUACAUAGCGUGGUCGAAACGGUGAACACACGCAUUGGGAAUCCAAAUAAACAACUCAUUCAACAAGAUGAAAGUCAAUUUUUUCCCUUGGUAUUUUCUAUUUGUUUUGUCAUGGUUUUAAUAAUAGAAUAUGGUUUUGUUUUUUUACAUUUUAGACUCAUAUGUCACAUGAAACUCCACUAAUUAAUAUUUUAUAUUUAAUCGUA